AUGGUUAGCUGUACAUUCAAUACCGCCAAAGCGGUUAAAAAAGACGAUGCAUUACAUACAACUUUUGUCUAUGAAAAUGCUACUGUUGAAACUGGUGUUGAUACUUUCAGUGUUACCCCUACUGCUGUUGAAUAUGAUUUCAAAACUGAAUUGAAAGUUCCAAAAUUAGGUUUAAUGUUAGUUGGUUUAGGUGGUAACAAUGGUACUACUUUAAUAGGUUCCGUUAUUGCCAACAAGAAUAACAUUAGUUUUGAAACUAAGGAAAGAUUUGUCAAACCUAACUAUUUUGGUUCAGUAACUCAAUCAUCAACGGUUAAAUUAGGUGUUGAUGCUGAAGGUAAUGAUGUUUAUGCCCCAUUCAAUUCCAUCUUACCAAUGGUUUCACCAAACGAUUUUGUUGUUGGUGGUUGGGAUAUAAGUAAGAUGAAAUUAGACAAAGCUAUGAAAAGAGCUCAAGUCUUAGAUGUCAACUUACAAAAACAAUUAUAUCCAUACAUCGAAGAUAUCGAACCAUUAUCAUCAAUCUAUUAUCCAGAUUUCAUUGCUUUAAAUCAAAAGGAAAGAGCUGAUAAUGUUUCAAACGUUAAAAGUGACGGAUCAGUUGAUUUAGAAAAUAAAUGGAAAGACGUUGAAAAAGUCAGAAAAGACAUCGCCGAUUUCAAAGCCAAAAAUGGUUUAGAUAAAGUUAUUGUUUUAUGGACUGCUAAUACUGAAAGAUAUAGUGAUAUCAUUCCAGGAGUCAACGAUACUGCCGAUAACAUGAUCAAAAGUAUUAAAGAAAAUCAUGAAGAAGUAUCACCAUCAACUAUUUUCGCUGUUGCUUGUAUCUUAGAUAAGAUUCCUUAUAUUAAUGGAUCACCACAGAAUACUUUUGUUCCUGGUGUUAUUGAAUUAUCCGAAAAGUAUCAAUCAUUCAUUGGAGGAGAUGAUUUCAAAUCUGGUCAAACUAAAGUUAAGUCCGUUUUAGCUCAAUUCUUAGUUGAUGCAGGUAUUAGACCAGUAUCAAUUGCUUCUUAUAACCAUUUAGGUAAUAAUGAUGGAUACAAUUUAUCAGCACCUAAACAAUUCAGGUCUAAAGAAAUCAGUAAGAGUUCAGUGGUUGAUGAUAUCAUUGAAAGUAAUCAAAUUUUGUAUAAUGAUGAAUAUGGUAAGAAAAUCGACCAUUGUAUUGUUAUCAAAUACUUACCAGCUGUUGGGGAUUCAAAAGUCGCUAUGGAUGAAUAUUACAGUGAAUUAAUGUUAGGUGGACAUAAUAAAAUUUCCAUUCAUAACGUUUGUGAAGAUUCUUUAUUAGCUACUCCUUUAAUUAUCGAUUUAGUUGUUAUGACUGAAUUCUUCUCAAGAGUUAGUUACAAGAAAAAAUCAGAUAAAGAUUACGAUAAUUUCUACUCAGUAUUAACUUUGUUAAGUUAUUGGUUAAAAGCACCAUUAGCUAAACCAGGAUUCAAACCAAUCAAUGGAUUGAAUAAGCAAAGAUUAGCCGUCGAAAACUUAUUGAGAUUAUUAGUAGGAUUACCAGUCAAUAAUGAAUUAAGAUUUGAAGAAAGAUUAGUUUAA